AUGAAGAUGAAAAAAUGGCUGAGGAAUCUCAUGACUCGAUCAAUCGCAAUCACUCCAAGUCUCAUCGUGUCCAUCAUCAGUGGUUCCUCAGGAGCCGAACGGCUCAUCAUAAUCUCAUCGAUGGUACUAUCAUUUGAGUUGCCAUUUGCACUCUUAUCUCUUCUCAAAUUCAGCAGCAGUCAAACAAAAAUGGGACCUCAUAAAAGUUCAAUAUAUAUCAUUGUGGUGUCAUGGAUUCUUGGUUUGCUUCGGGUAGCAAUCAACAUCUACUUCUUAAGCACCAGCUUUGUCAGUUGGUUCAUUGAUAGCAGCCUACCAGCAAUUGCUAACAUUCUCAUCAACAUCAUUGUUUUCCCUCUCAUGGCAGUGUACAUUCUUGCUGUGAUCUACUUAACCUUCAGGAAGGAGACUGAAGUAACAUUCGUCGACCCAUUGAAUUCUUCACAUGUUAACAUAGAGAGUGGUGGUUCAUUUCAAGUUGAUGGAAUGAGUAGAUCUGAAGUUGCACCCGUCAGAGAGGAUCGUGCAGAUAUUCCCCUCCCUGAUUAGAUAAUUAAGGUUCUAAUUACUUGGAUGUUGGUACUGAGUCCUUCACAAGUUAGUUCUUCUUCGGCACCAACUUCAUAUUGUUCAUUAAUUGUAAAUAGAGUUUAUUUGUUUAUUUGUAUUGGGAUAAAUUUUAUUUGAACAUGAGAUAUGUUUCUUCUUUUGUAA